AUGCCUGAUUACAACUUUAAUGAGAUUGUCGACACAUUUCUAGUGCUUGGUGAGUGCAAAGGCAACUAUCACAGAGCUGCAGCUUUGUAUCAUCAGAGGUUUCCUAGAAGAAAGCAUCACCCAAACAAUAGAAUGGUUGCUGAACCCACAUGUGCGCACUCGAUAAAUAGAGAGCGAGUUAGGCAUUCCAAGAAAUACAAUUUGCAGAUUAUUACGAUCUUUAAAAUUGGCGUGCUAAAGGAAGCGAUACCAAGGGGUAAGAUCGUGACGCAAGUCUCGCCUUCUCAGGACAAUCAUCACGACGAACAAACGACAAAGCACGAACGGACACAGUGGAGGCAAUGGCUAGCAUGUAUAUCAGCGACUCUAUCCAUGGUAGCGGUCGGCUCCGUCUACGGAUGGACCAUCACAUCACUUACGCGACUCACAUCUGGUGCCAGCGACGUCCCAAUAAAGAUAAACGACAAUCAGAGCUCGUGGAUAGUAUCGUUGACGGAGAUCGGCACGAUAAUCGGCGCGUUAAUAGGUGCCAGUUUUGCUGAUCGAUACGGUCGUAAGAAAGGCCUUCUGUUUGCAAGUGGUUUCUUCAUCAUCGGCUGGACAAUCGUUUUCUUCGCGCAGACUGUAGUUGCUCUUUACGUUUCUAGGAUAAUUCUCGGUAUUGGCGUAGGCACCUCGUACAAUACCAAUCUGAUGUACGUAUCGGAGGUCGCUGACGUCGAAAUUAGAGGUGCCCUCGGUACUCUGAUCGCCGUGAACGUGUUCACCGGUUCCUUGCUGACAUGUAGUAUUGGUCCGUGGGUAUCGUACCAUGUUUUGACGGGUGUACUUCUCGCGGUACCCAUCUUAUUCAUAGCAUGCUUCUCCUGGUUCCCCGAGACUCCUGCCUUUCUCGCGACUAGGGGUCGUAGAGCAGAAGCAACUAGGUCACUGGCGUUCUUUAAAGGAAUUCGCGAUCGCGACGAAGCAAGGAGAGAAUUGGAAUACAUUUUACGUACCGUUUUUAUCGAAGACGUUUGUGAUAAUACUCCAGUGGCCGGCCCUGGAACUCGAAUGGAAUCCAUGAAGCACAGCUGGAUGGAAAAACUGAAGCUGAUGCUGUUACCCAGUAACGCCCGAGCUUUCGGUAUCAUAGUCAGUCUAAUUGCUGCGCAGCAACUCAGUGGAAACUUUAGCACUAUGCAGUAUCUUGAAGUGCUCUUUAAGAAAGCGGCGAUCGGCAUCGAUUCCAACGUGGCUACGAUACUUGUGCUCGUAGUCGGCCUCAUCUCAUGCGGAUUAUCAACUGCAACCGUUGAAGGCGCGGGCAGACGUCCAUUACUGAUCGCCUCCACCCUGGGUUCUUCCAUUACCCUGGCGAUUCUUGCGAUAUACCUUAUGCUAGAUGAAAGAGGCAUCGACGUAUCAGCAGCAAAUCUUCUUCCAGUGAUCGAUGUGAUGAUCUUUCAGGUGACCUACCGUAUCGGAUUGGGUACUCUGCCAGGCGCGUUGACGGGAGAAUUGUUCCCUACUGAGGUGAAAGCGUUUGCCGGUGCCAUUAUCAAUGUUUUAGACUGCAUGCUUGGAUUUAUCGUAUCCAAACUGUAUCAGGUGAUAAGUGACUGGUUGGGCACCCACACCGUUUAUUAUUUCUUCGCAGGAUCGUGCUUACUGGCAUUCGUGAUGGUGAUAUUCACCGUGCCCGAGACAAAAGGUCGGACGUACCGCGAAAUUCAGGAACUUUUAGGAGGUAGCGAGAAGAAAAAAGAGGUCACCGAAUGUUUGCAGGAUCGAAAUAGUAUGGCAUGACAAAAAGGAACAUAUCACAACUCUUACUAGAUAUAGUGUGAAUUUACUAAGGAGAUAAUGUCAUCGGUUCUUUUCAAA